AUGAAAGAAUCUUUGGUUUAUCUCAAGAAACUGAUUACGCAACUCGAUCUGUCAAUAAACAAACGAUUUUCCGGCAUUGUUCAGUAUCUAAUGCAUCAAUCUGUGUCCGAUGACGAGUCCUAUUAUGACCCAGACUAUUUUGCGGGAACUGUCCUGGAUCAUCAGCUCAAGUUUCACUGGCUUCAGCAAAUGAAUUACAAUCCCAGCAUUGAAUCGAAGAUGAAGCAGCUGUUGGCCGAAAGAGUGUUAGACAACUGCAGACAGAUCAGUGACGCCAGUUCAAAUUUAGUGCAAUAUCGUACAAGACGCUCAUCAUCGUCGCCUCGUACUUUCAACAAUUCUACCACAGAAUCAGGUAAUGUCCAAGGGGUGAAAAGACUAAAGCUUUUCCAUUAUGAUGACGGUGUUAAUUCGAUAUUUGAGUCAAAUCUCAGUCCGAUCGAUGAGCUGAACAUGUAUUUAGCCGAUCCUGUGCGAGCGAAAUUCUCAGUGUAUUGGCAACGUUCUCAAUUGUCUUCGUUGGAAACUGUUGUCAGACGUGUAUUUUCCAUUCAGGCUUCAUCAGCUCCUGUCGAGAGAGCUUUUAGCCAAGCAGGAUUAAUUCUAUCACCCAGACGAACUUCAAUACUCACGGAACUCGUCUAG